AUGGCAAAGAGGGCUGCACGUGUCGAUGACCCUCUCUCGCCGUUGCUGGAUGGAGACGACGGCGCGCUCUUGUCGGCCCUAAACGGCGUGUGGAGCUCCGAGUCGAGCCCCCUGCACCCAGGGUUCAAGUUUCAGGGCGAAGGCUACAGCGACACUGGCGCCGAGAAGCCCAAGAAGAAGCGACGGCGAGACCGCACCCGCCCCAGUCACGAGAUCACGAGACUGCGAGCUGAAGCUGCUGAGCUGGAGCAAGAGCUUCGGAACCAACUCACCACCGCCAGCAAAAGAGCGCGCAGCAAUUAUUGCUCGAUGGUCCAGAACGCCGAGUUGAAGUCGCUGCUGCGCCAGAGUCUCGAAGACACGCGCGCGCUCGAGCUGAACCUGAACAAGCAGGUGGAAGAGCUGCUUCAGAUGCUGCCGCGCUCAAUGAACAUGGCGAUUCAAAGUCUCCCGUACGACGAGACACAAGACGACGCCUUGUUCAAGAAGAUGGCAAGCAACGUGGACGAUCAGUAUAAAAACAUGGAGAAAGUUCUCCUUCUUGCGGGGCUUGAAGAGGGAACCUCGGAGGUGGCUGACGCUUAUAUUUGCCGCUCAAAGGCCCUAACUAACGGGAACUUGCUGAAGUCUCGCAUGCGAGUCUUAUCGCCAUUCCCCAGCCAAGCUCUGGUCAAGGCUCUAUGGAGAAACGUCGAGAGUGAUGAGGGGGCGACGCUGAGGACGAAGCAAGCCACCGCGAAGCUCGACUUACCGCUCGGUUUGGCCUCUCGCAUUGCUGUUCAGAAGUACGAUGUGGUGGUAGGGGACUACAUCUGCACCAUGCGCAUGGUGAUGAAGCAGUUCAUCGAGAAGGACCGCGUCGCCCAAGCGUGGAGUGCAGUUGCGGAAUGGCCGCACAUGGGGACAAUGCACAACGUGAAGACCCACGAGCAAGGCUGGGGUUUCAUCCAGCCGGUGGACGACAGCACGAGCAUGUGUCUGAACUACGUCAUGAUGAACCCGACAGUGGAAACCAUGUCGUCGAAAGAGAGCUGUGACGGGCAGCUCAAUCUGGCUAGAGUGUACCAAGACUUUAUCAUCUCGAGAUUGCACACGCUCGAAAACCAAACACUCGAUCAAGUGAUACAGGAGAAGAAGAGGGCCGCGGUGUGCCCCUCAAACAGCUGA